UUAAGGGGUGUCUGGUCGCUCAAGCACGACAGAGAAGUCCGCGCAUUUAUAACAAGCCCACAUUGAAACGUUUCGAUGCUCCCAUAGUGACUGAAGUGGCAGGUGCUUUCCCUGCGUUCUCUUCCAAGAUUCGAACUCAGAAAUUAAAGUGAUAAAGUUUGUUUUAGGGCUAAACUAGCCACGCAGUGACUGACUAUAUAGUAGUUCGCUACACCCAACAGCUUUUUCCCUCGAUACAACUGCAACAGAAGAACUUGGAACAUCAGCAUUAUUUUUGAAUUGGUAGGAGGCUACACGACAAACGAGAAAGCCCAUGGCGGUAUCAAUGCGUUCCUUCUGGACGCUGGCUUUAAGCGCGUGCCUUGUGUUGACGGUGAGUGCGGACUGCGGAGCAGACUGCGCAUAUUGUAUUCACCACCUACAACUUCAACAGACAGACAUCAACUCUUUCACAUGUACGUUAGAGUGUGAAGGAGCUCUCAGCACCAAGAAGUCCUGGGAACUGUGUGAGGAUGUCCUGCAGGCUAGAAAUGGCGACAGUCCAACAGAGGGAGACAAGGCUACCACAGAGACCUCCAAGCUGGACAACAAUGACCCACAUCAACUAGUAAAGAAGUAUGGCGGCUUCAUGAAACGCUACGGGGGAUUCAUGAAGAAAACAGCAGAACUGUAUGGUCCUGAACCCGACGAUGUCGACCACGGCAGGGAGAUCCUGUUCAAACGCUACGGUGGGUUCAUGAAGAAGAGUGGCGAGCCAGAAGACACACUGAGUCUGCUCCGGGAACUGGUGAGGAACGUGGAUGGCGGCGUGGAGAAACGCUACGGAGGCUUUCUGAGGAGCGCCAGACAAAGCUCUGACUUGGAGAACGGUAUCCGAGAGCUGCAGAAGCGCUACGGCGGCUUCAUGAGGAGGGUGGGCAGGCCCGAGUGGAGGGAGGAGCAGAAACGCUAUGGAGGCUUCCUCAACAAGCGAGCCUGGGGGGAGGAAGAGGAGGACGAGAUGGAAAAGGAACGCGUCGAGUUGGAAGAUGUUCCUGAUGUGGUAGAGAAGAGAUAUGGAGGAUUCCUGGGAUACUGACCUUCCUAAAUACCUGCCACUGCUCAGUCAUGUUCUGUUUUCUUGUCUUGCCUGCAUUUUUACAGGAUUCUGUAUGUGAUUGGCUGUAGUAAACAUACUGAAGCCUACAUGGUUAUUUUAGUGGUGUGACAUACUGUAGCAUUCACUCUCCAUCUCUAAGAGACUUCCCUAAGCACUUCUCUGACCUCUGACCUCUGUGUGCAGUAGGCUUUGUGAGACUCACUAUUCUUUGUGAGACUCACUAUUCUCAUUGUAGUGACUGAUGUGCCCAAAAUAAAAAGCUUCUCAGACUUAUCAAACCGAAUAAAUAGCCUACAGUCAGAAUAAGAUAUUUUCUAGACUGGAAUACUUUUUCACACAUCUUGCUUUACUGUGGUUAACGGCUGUCGAUUUUCUAGAUGCAUCUAUUUAUUUUAUUUUCUUGAAAUCCUUGUAACCGCCUGCUUAUCUGUACGUAGAAAAAAAUAAAUUGCUCUAACUGAAGAAUAAUGUGUUUGUCAUGAAUAAAUAUGUCUUAUUACUCUGAA